GGCUCAAGAUGGCGCCACCCACGCCGCUACUGGCAGUUCGAGGAUCUGAUGGGAUCCAUUUGCUUAAUGGACCACCACAAUUUACAGAAUAUGAAGCAUUUCAGAGAGAUUCCAGUAAAAACUGCAAAGUUUUUAAAUUCAGCAAGGAUGGGAAGUUAUUUGCGUGGUGUAAUGGUGAUGCAAUAAAUAUCGUGAGCACUGCUGACAGCAAGUUACUGCAUACCUUUGAUCUGCCUAAAGCAGUUGACCUUGAAUUCUCUCCAAAGAAUACACUUCUGGCAACAUGGCAGACCUACACAACUGGCAAAGAUGGCGCAGCUGGAGUGCCCAAUUUACAACUAUACGAUAUGAAGACAGGAGAAUGUGUGAAAUCGUUCAUCCAGAAAAAUAUGCAGAACUGGUGCCCUCGCUGGUCUGCGGAUGAACGGGUAUGUGCCAGAAUUGUAAAUAACGAAGUGCACUUCUUUGAGGACAGCAACUUUGAUACUAUUGUGAAUAAACUGCACUUACAAAAAGUAAGCGACUUUGAAUUAUCGCCUGGCGAGCAUCCAUGUAAGGUAGCUGUGUAUGUUCCUGGAAGCAAAGGGGCACCAUCAUUUGUAAGGCUAUAUCAGUAUCCAAACUUCACUGGACCUCAGUCUGCUCUGGCCAAUAAAAGCUUCUUUAAAUCAGACAGAGUGGCCAUGCUGUGGAAUUCUAAAGCUACUGCAGUACUGGUGACUGCCAGCACAGAUGUGGACAAAACUGGGGCAUCCUACUAUGGAGAGCAGACACUUCAUUACAUUGCAGUGAAUGGUGAAAGUGCUGUGGUGCAGCUCGCAAAAAAUGGACCCAUCUACGAUGUAUCGUGGAACAAGAAUGCAGCAGAAUUUUGUGUUGUGUAUGGCUUUAUGCCAGCAAAAGCAACAGUUUUUAACCUCAAAUGUGACCCCAUAUUUGAUUUUGGAACUGGCCCUCGUAAUGCUGUAUUUUACAGCCCUCAAGGACACAUAUUGGUGUUGGCUGGGUUUGGUAAUCUCCGAGGACAGAUGGAAGUGUGGGAUGUGAAAAACUACAAACUAAUUUCCAAGCCAACGGCCUCUGAUGCUACUUUUUUCUCUUGGUGCCCGAAUGGGGAACACAUAGUCACUGCCACCUGCUCCCCUAGGUUACGUGUUGGAAACGGAUACAAAAUUUGGCACUAUACAGGCACUCUACUGCACAAAUAUGACAUGCCACCCAAUACAGAGCUCUGGCAAGUGAUGUGGCAACCAUUUGCAGAGAAAAUCUUUCCAGCAAAAGCAAUAGUUUACCAGGCAGUGGCAGGUGACAUCCCAACAGAAGAGUCAAAACCAGCGGAAGCUUAUAGACCUCCAGCCCUGAGAAAUAAGCCGGUGACGAGCUACAAGCUGCAUGAAGAAGAACCACCACAGAGCAUGAAGCCCCAGUUUACAGAGAAACCCUUAUCUAAAACUGCACUGAAGAACCAAAAAAAGAGAGAAGCAAAAAAAGCUGCAAAACAGGAGUUUAAAGCAAAUGAGCUUGCAGAACCUGCUUUACAAAGUUCCCAAAGUAAUGCAGAAGCUACAGUCACAACAGGAGACCCGGAAACAGAUAAAAAGAUUAAGAACCUUAGAAAGAAAUUGAAAGCAAUUGAACAACUAAAAGAGCUACAAUCUUCUGGCAAAACAUUAGAGAAGAACCAGAUUGAAAAAAUUCAGAAAGAGGAUGUGCUGCUGAAAGAACUGGAAGAUUUGGAGCUUGGGGUUUAAAUCUACAAAAACAUUGUGAACAUUAUGUGAAUAAUACUAUGAUUUGUUUGGUUUUGUACUAAAAAUUUGAUUUCCCCAAAAUUUUUAUACAUCUUAUUGAAGAACUAGUUGAAUUACAUUUUGUGUCUGCAAAUACACCUAGAUGGGACAGCUCAAUUAUUACUUAAUACAGCAAGAUUGUGCGUUUAAAUUAUUUUCUGAGGAAAAUGACUGUUUUCUUUCACACAGUUGUUAGCUAAAUGUAUUCAAAAGAUUGUAUAAGGAACACCAUGACAGUAAAAUGUAUAAAGAACAAAAAUGAAGUGUUUUUUUUUAGAGAUAUCAGCACCUUCAUUAAAACCCACAGCACUUCCAGUUGUCUAAACUGAUAUUUAUUGACAAAAUGAUCAAUCUAUGCAAAUGUGGCUUUUUGGGGUGAAGCAGCGCUAUUUCAAGUAAAGGUAUCAUGUACAAGGCUUUGGAAUCACGUGGUUUUAUUAAACAGUGCUUCUAUACUACGUUUGGGGGAUGCGCAGUUAGGGAGUUUUAGUAAAGCAAAAACCAUCCUGUGAUGUAACAGCAGAAUUUUUUUGAGAAUGUUGAAUGUGAUGAUAAUGGAAUGCUGUAUGAUGCUUGUUGCCAGUUUCUUAUGAAAAAUAAAAUCUUAUUUAACAAAAAUAA